UAGCCGCGGAUGAGUGGUGCUCCGCUGCUCACCUUCUCCUGCUGCAUCAAAGCAAACGAUAUCACAGAAAAAAAGGUCCUCCCUCCACUCUAUGCAUAUAAAAACCCAACCUUUUCUUGAUUCCUCGAUGCAAGUAAAGUCUCUUCAUUCCUUGAGGAAAAAAAAAAAACCCCAUCUUUGCACUAUUAACCUCUAAAACAUUGGCCAAAACCCUAUCUUUCUUCUUCAGCAAAGUUCUCUUUUUUUUCCUGUAGACUUCCCCUUCAAAGAGUAUCAAGAAAGGGCCAUGUCGGCCUUGCUUCACCCCAUCUCUCGCCUCCUAAGCUCGAAGACCUCGGAGCCCACCAGAACCAAGCCUUGCUUAAUCUCCUGCCCCCCAACCCUCCACACUCCCUCCAUCAGCAAGGGUUUUGCCAGGGUUUUAGCAUCCACCCACAGCGCCAUCUCCCCAAAAGAUGCCGCCAUUUCUCUCCCCAGCUGGAGGAAUGGGAAGAACGAGUCCAGGAGCAGAGAGAUCAGGCUCCAUGAUGCCUUCCUCUACCUGGAGUACAUGGUGGGGAAGGGCCACAAGCCCGACACCGGCCAAGCCGCUCAGCUCUUGUAUGAUCUCUGCAAGUCCAAUAAGAUUCGGAAGGCCGUUCGUGUCAUGGAAUUGAUGCUCACUUCUGGGAGCACCCCCAAUUCAUCUGUCUAUAAUUUCUUGGUCAAUCAUUUGUGCAAGAGGGGGAACGUCGGGUACGCAAUGCAGCUAGUCGAUAAAAUGGAGGAGUACGGAUGCCCGCCGACCACCAUCAUCUACAAUUCUCUGGUCCGAGGGCUUUGCAUCAAUGGAAAUUUGCAGCAAAGUUUGCAGCUUCUGGAAAGAUUGAUGCACAAAGGAUUGAUACCGAAUGUGUUCACUUAUUCGUUCUUGCUAGAGGCCGCUUACAAGGAAAGAGGGGUUGAUGUGGCGGUGAGGCUGUUGGAUGAGAUCAUUGCUAAGGGAGGGAGGCCUAAUUUAGUCAGUUACAAUGUAUUGCUUACUGGGUACUGCAAGGAGGGUAGGUUGGAAGAGGCGAAACAGCUUUUCAGGAAGUUGCCAUCAAAAGGGUUUAGUCCCAACGUUGUGAGCUACAAUAUUUUGUUGAGGAGCUUGUGUUAUGAGGGGCAGUGGGAGGAGGUGGAGGGGCUUUUGGCUGAGAUGGGGGAUCGGGGCUGUGCUCCGAGUAUUAUUACAUAUAAUAUAUUGAUAGGUUCGCUUUCUUAUCAUGGUCGUACAGAGCAAGCGCUUGAGAUUUUGGAGGAGAUGAUGAGGAAUCAGUUGAAGCCUGUCGCCGCAAGCUAUAAUCCGAUAAUUGCACGGUAUUGUAAAGAGGGGAAGUUAGAUAUGGUGCUCAAGUGCCUUGAUACGAUGAUGCAUCGGCGUUGUUCGCCUAGUGAAGGGACUUAUAAUGCAAUAGCUGUGCUUUGUGGGGAAGGGAAGGUGGAAGAGGCCUUCUCCAUAAUCCAAAGCUUGGGGAAUAAGCAGAGUUCUUCUAUGCAUGAGUUCUAUAAAAAUGUGAUCUCAUUCUUGUGUAAGAAAGGGAACACCUUAGCUGCUUUCCAACUAUUAAAUGAGAUGACAAGGCAUGGAUUUACUCCAGAUGCAUAUACUAAUUCAUCUUUGAUUAGGGGUCUCUGUAUGGAGGGAAUGCUGGAUGAGGCAAUUGAGAUUUUUUCGGUGAUGGAGCAAUAUGGUAACAAGCCAGACAUAGACAAUUAUAAUGCACUUAUACUUGGAUUGUGCAAGGCUCAGCGGACAGAUCUUGCUUUGGAAAUUUAUGAAACAAUGAUUGAGAAGGGUUAUGUACCAAACGAGACAACAUACACAAUUCUAGUGGAAGGAAUAGCUCAUGAGGACGAAAUUGAUUUGGCUGCAGAGGUGUUGAAAGAGUUGUACUCUAAACAUGCCGUGAGCCAGAAUACCAUGGAGAGAAUCACCAUGCAGUAUGACUUGGAGUAACUUCUGGCAAAUUUGAGAAUUGCAGCUGCAGAUAAGGGACAAGAAUGUUAGUCAAUGACCCUAUGAUUGGUCAAAGCUUGGCCUGCUCUGGCAUUAGAUUGCAAACAUUGGCAGAACAUUGACUGUAUAGCUAUUUUUGGGUUGUUUUUUGAAUCAUCAUAUCUAUCUAGACAGUCUUCUGAUAAUCAGGAACAAACUGAGUUGCUGCUGUAGCAUGUAAAAGUACUUUAAUUGCCAAGUUAGGCAAACUCUCUAUUACUAGCAUCUUUUAUUUUUUCAAGUUUAUUUUAGCACUAGAACCAAUUCAAAAUCUUUUUAAAAUC